CACAGAGUUCACUGUGGGGGGACGUCGCACGUCGUUCUCGUCUCAGUCUGAUUCGAGGUUGAGUCGAGUCCGCAUCGAGUCUCAACAUGAUCCAAUCCAUCUGCGUGACCUCUGACCCCGCCCACACCAGGACGUAGGGAGGACCGCGGUUCACCGCAGAGACCGAAGACUUUCACCGCAUGCGCGCUGCCGGAGUUCAAAUAUUGAACUAAAGUUUGUUGAAGUUAUUAAAGUUUUCACCGAGGAGACAGCGCGUGCUCCCGCCCUCCCGCUCUCACGCUUCUCGUCGUCAUGGCAGCCAAAACCAAAUGGGGGGAGGUGAAGAACCGUUUGACAGGAAGUCCCGCCCACGACCCCACGCUGGAGGCGAAUCUGGAGAACGCCGACCCCGAGCUGUGCAUCAAACUGCUGCAGGUUCCCACGAUGGUGAACUACUCUGGUCUGCGGCAGCGGUUGGAGGCCAGCGAUCAGGCCUGGAUGGUGCAGUUCCUGGAGCUGCGGGGUCUGGACCUGCUGAUGGAGGCGUUGGAGCGACUGUCCGGUCGCGGCUGCGCUCGCAUCGCCGACGCUCUGCUGCAGCUGACCUGUGUCGCCUGCGUCCGAGCCAUCAUGAACUCAUUCGAAGGACUGCACUUCAUCCUGGGCAACAAGGGCUACGUCAGGACCCUGACCCAGGCUGUGGACACGUCUAACGUCAUGGUAAAGAUGCAGGUGUUUGAGCUGCUGGCGGCUCUCGCUCUGUUUGAUCCUCAGGGACUCAACCUGGCCCUGGACGCCCUCGACCACUACAAGAGCGUGAAGAAGCAGCAGUAUCGCUUCAGUGUGAUCAUGAACGAGCUUCACAGCACCGACAACGUCCCGUACAUGGUGACGCUGAUGAGCGUCAUCAACGUACUCGUGUUGGGACAAGAAGACCUGAGGAAGAGGAGCCGACUGAGACAAGAGUUCAUCGGACUGCAGCUGCUGGUUCUACUGCCCAAACUGAGGGAGACGGAGGACGAGGACCUGAACAUCCAGUGUGACGCGUUCGAGUACUCGCUGACGGAGGACGAGGAGGAGAUGGAGAGACUGUACGGAGGCAUCGACAUGAGCAGCCACCAGCAGGUCUUCACCUCGCUCUUCACCAAGGUGUCCAGCAGUCCGUGCUCCGUCCAGCUGCUGUCCAUCCUUCAGGCCUUGCUGUUGGUGGAUCCAGACAAAGCUGAGGUCUGGUUAGCUCUGGAGCUGCUGGCUGACAGAGCCACACUGCUGUCACAGGACUCUGACUUAGGUUCUGCCGACUGUCUGCUGGAGAGGCUCCUCCCACAAAAGUUGCUCGCAGCCAAUCACAGGAUCCGAACCAUCGACAGGGCGGUACAGACUCGACUACCAGACAGUCCUUCUGGCCAAUCAGAGCCCUUUCUCAAAGAUGCCUUGACAACUGCUGCUCAAGCUCCUGCCUGUGCUGUUCCAUCUGCUCCUCCUUUACCCUCACCUGGUGUGGCAGCUCCACCUCCCCCCUUGCCUGGUAUGGGAGCUCGUCCUCCUCCUCCUCCCCCUUUGCCUGGUAUGGGAGCUCCUCCUCCUCCCCCUUUGCCUGGUAUGGGAGCUCCUCCUCCUCCUCCCCCCUUGCCUGGUAUGGGAGCUCCUCCCCCUCCUCCCCCCUUGCCUGGUAUGGGAGGUCCUCCUCCUCCUCCCCCCUUGCCUGGUAUGGGAGCUCCUCCUCCUCCUCCCCCCUUGCCUGGUAUGGGAGCUCCUCCCCCUCCUCCCCCCUUGCCUGGUAUGGGAAGUCCUCCCCCUCCUCCAGGUGACAUCAUCGUAGCCCAGGCAGUUCAAGGUCUGGGUAGGUCGUAUUACAGCCCCACCCCCUGUCCCACCCUCCGUAUGAAGAAACUGAACUGGCAGAAACUCCCAUCCAGAGCGGUGACAGCUCAUCAGUCCAUGUGGACGUCGGCGUCUGCAGAUUCAGUGGAGCCAGAUUACUGCAGCAUCGAGCAGCUCUUCAGUCUUCCUCCAACUGAGACCAAGACCAGGGUCAAAGCCAAGACUGAGCCCAAAGAGAUUUCCUUCAUCGAUGCCAAGAAAAGCCUCAACAUCAACAUCUUCCUGAAGCAGUUCAAAUGUUCCCAUGAGGACUUUGUGUCUCUGAUUCGGAGAGGAGACAGGUCCAGGUUUGAUGUGGAGGUCCUGAAACAGUUGGUCAAACUGCUGCCGGAGAAACAUGAGGUAGAGAACCUGAAGUCUCACCAGGCAGACAGGGACAAGUUUGCCUCAGCGGAUCAGUUUUACAUGCAGCUGUUGGAUGUCCCCAGUUACUCUCUGAGGAUAGAGUGCAUGUUGCUGUGUGAGGAGAGCAGCUGUGUGCUGGAGACUCUGAAGCCUAAAGCUGAGCUGCUGGACCGAGCCUGCCAGAGUGUGAGGGAGAGCACUCGUCUGCCCAACUUCUGUAAACUCAUCCUGAGUGUUGGAAACUUUCUUAACUAUGGGACUCACACGGGGAACGCUGAGGGUUUUAAAAUCAGCACUCUGCUCAAACUGACAGAAACUAAAGCCAACAAGUCCAGAGUCACCCUGCUGCACCACAUCCUGCAGGAGGUGGAGCUGAACCAUCCGGACCUGCUGCACCUGCCGGAGGAUCUGGAGAUCUGUGAAAAGGCUGCUGGGUUGAAUCUGGAGUCGAUUCAGUCUGAAACCAACUCUCUGAUCAAACAGCUGAAAAACUCUGAGCACAAAGUUUCAUCUUCAUCUGAGGAGCUGAAGGAUCAGCACCUGUCGGCCAUACAGGAGAGCCUACGGGCAUGUGAGCAGCUGCAGCGGCUGUUGUCCUCGGUCGAGGACAAGAAGACGGAUCUGUCCGUCUACCUGUGUGAGGACAGCAGCAGCUUCUCCAUCGACGAACUCUUCAGCACCAUCAAGAGCUUCAGGGGACUGUUCCUCAGAGCCGUCAAGGAGAACGAGAGUCUGAGGGAGCAGGAGAAGAGGAGGAAGCAGCAGGAGGAGGACAGGAAACGCAAAGGAGACACCACCACCAAGAUCAUCAGGACGGACGUGUCCAACCAGGACGAAGGCUGCAUCAUCGACAACCUGCUGGCUGAGAUCAGGAAGGGCUACAACCUGAAGAAGACCAGACCCCAAGCUGAGAGGGGCAGCAGAGUCCACGAUCAACGUGGGCUCGUACAGAGGUCUCUGGCUGUGGACGGGCCAGACUCGUCUGUCUCCAGCCAAUCAGAGAAGCCUGCAGAACCACCAGAGACAGUCCAGACCCCCGCAGAUCCACCGGCUGAAACGAGACCAGAGCCAGGAUCAGCUGAGACUGACGGAGGCUCCCCAGAGACCCAAAACUCCUCUGAACCCUCCACCUCUACUGCUGCUGCUGACACAGAGGGGGACCAGAGCCGGACCAGAGCCCAGGACUCUCAGGUGGACUCUGACCCAGAGACCAGAGACAGAGGUCCAGGAGGAGAGGAGGAGGUCCAGCUCAAUCCAGAGGGGAACGAGGAUUCUGUGUUUGAAGAGAUCACGUCGGGAUCAACCGAACUCAUCGAUGGUCCAGCUUCUGGUCCAGAUUCUGAUCCAGAGGAACCAGCUAAGAAGUCAGCAGGAGCAGACGUCGGGUCCAAACGCUCCAAAACCAAGAAAGGAUGUGUGUCGCACUGAGGUGAGCAGAGGAGGACUCGUCUCCAUGGCAACAGGACUGAAUCUGUCGGCAUGAAGAGAAACAUGGAAAAUAAAAACCGUUCAGACUAAACCUGAAGCGACCAGAGAGAAAAACAAACCUUUUCUGUUUAAAGAGAUGAGAAGCGUGACAGCUGAUUGGUUCUGAGCGACGACAGUUUACCUGAGCAGACAGGUGUGACGAGGUUCAGUCACAGAGUUCACUUCCUGUCUGAUAAAUCUCUCCCGCAAAUUACAUUUAUUACACGAAUAGUUUUCUUCCAGAAUCCAAAGUUGUUAUUGUUUUUAACGUUUAGUCGACAUGUUUGACAGAAGUGAUGAUGUCAGAAAACUGAUCAGCAACUAUUCUGGCAAUCGAUUAAUCAUUUAGUGAUUUAUCAAACCAAAAACUCAUUUUCUUCACGACUGAGGAACGAUUGCUUUUCCUGUUUGAUUGUAAACUGUUCAAACUGUAACUGUUCAAAUAUGUCAACUUGGGUUUUAGGAAAUUGUAACAAACACUUUCUGACAUGUUUUUAUAUGUUUAUAUAUGUUGUUAAAGACCAGAUGAUGAAUCAAUUCAUCAAUUCAUUGGCAAAUGAAUCAAUAACAAACGUAAUGCUCAGAUGUUUUGAUACAUUUCAGGAUUAAUGUUAUUUCUGACGUUUGUUAUGAACAGAUGAUGUCACUGUUAAAAAUAAAUCAAUAAUCUGAGGAAGAUCGAUGAAAACAGCUGCUGAGUUCAAACCAUUUGUUCAAACCUUCCAGAUUAAAAGCUCAUCGGCAGUCGACUGAAACUGAACCGAGGUCAUUCGUGAUGUCACGGUGUCGUGGUCUGAUUUGAGUUGACGACGUGACGUCGGAUCAGGAGGUUAUUUUAUUGUGACAUCGUGUGUUUGUGUCGGAGGAAACGUUCUUCUUCUGCAGUUUCACAGGAAAGGUGUGUUUGCAGGUAAUCUGAUUCGGAGAGUCCGUGAUGUCAUGAUGUUCAGAGGAAACAUCCAUCUAAUAAUAAAGUGCUGAGCGCAGAAUAAUUGCUGACAUUUCCUGUAAAAAUGUGUUGGUUUUUUCUUUUUAAACGAACUUAAAACAGUGAA